AUGGCAAUACCACUACUCAAGAAGGAGGUCGAGGAAUCCAUGAAAGCAGUCGAAGGUGACCUGGCGACGUGGCGGACAUCCGUGGGGCAGCUCAUCUCCAUCUCCCUAGCGCCGCCGUGGCAUCCUCCUCCUUCCCCGCCUGCCACCCGGCUCCGGCGGCCUCGUGCUCCCCCCGGCAUGCCCCCACAAAGCACCACGGCCGCGAGCAGCAACUCUAGCACCACCGAUGCUCCUCCCACCACCUCCUCAGAAAGAGACUCACCCGCGUCGUCAUGGAUCUCGGAGGGGGGUCACCCGUGCCUCGAGGAGCGAGGACGCCCACGCCAUCAUUGGAUCUGGCCGUUUCCUGUGGAGGCAGCGCACUUCCUCGCUGGUACCAGGAUGCGUUGCCACUGCCACGGGAGGAGGCCAUGUGGAUGGAGCUGUGGGAGAAGGGGAAAGUUUACGCAUGGCUGUGGGGCCUUCCGGCGGCGGCGUAGCCGGAUCGGGAUGGGCGACGGCGGCGUAGAGACCGGUUCCACCGUGCGAACGAGCAAUGGGAGCGCCGGUGGGCCCGAUACGGAGGGAAUCGUGGGAGCGCCCGACGGUAAUUGUCGCAGGUGA